AUGGAUCCGAUAAUCAAAUAUCUAGCAAAAGAUAAGGUGUCGAAAGACCCCCUAGAGGCGAGGAGAUUGAAAGCUCUAGUAGCUUCAUUUACCAUCAUCGAUGGGCAGUUCUACAAGCAGGGUUUUACCAUGCCAUAUCCGAAAUGCAUAUGCCCCACCGAAGUCGAAGAGAUACUAUUUGAGGUACAUACCGGGACCUGCGGUAACCACCAUGGGGCAACAUCCCUUGCCUUCAAAAUUUUGCGACAAGGCUACUAUUGGCCAACUAUGAAAGAGGAUGCCAAAGAGUUGGUACGAAAAUGUGACACAUGCCAGCGUCAUGGAAAUCUGAUCCAUGUCCCAGCCGAACAGCAGACAACCAUAUUUGGGGCGGAAUCACUGGUGACCAUCACGACAGGAAAGAUACAAGGCUUUGUAUGGAAAAAUAUAAUGUGCCGGUUCGAAAUACCUAGGGUAUUGGUAACGAAUAACGACAUGCAGUUUGAUAAUCAUAGUUUCAAGACCUUUUGUGCAAGUUAUCACAUCGAUCAUAAACUGACCUCGGUCGCCCACCCUCAAUCAAACGGGCAAGCCGAAGUGAUAAACCGAGUCAUUCUCUUGAAUUUGAAAACCAGAUUGGAAAAGGAGAAAGGGCUGUGGGCAGAUGAGCUGCCUAACGUGCUAUGGGCAUAUCACACGACUCCACGAGAAACGAUCAGAGAAACGCCAUUCAGACUAACCUUUAGGAUGGAAGCAGUAGUCCCAGUUAAGAUCCUAAGCGAGACUGGAAGGAUGAACGUCAAGCAGCCGAAUGACACUGCGACUAAAGGGGAACUCGACCUACUUGAGGAGGUAAGGGAGAAGGUGGCGAUCAAGAUGAUGGCCUAUAAACAAAGAGCCGCUGGAUACUUCAAUCGGAGGGUGAAACCAAGAAUCUUUCAACCGGGAGACCUCGUUUUAAGGGAUGCAGCAGCAGUAGGGCACCCUCUAGCAAAACUCGGACCAAAUUGUGAAGGCCCGUAUGAAGUAAUCUGCAGCCUGGGAAAUGGAGCUUAUAGCCUGAAAGACAUAAGAGGAAGACCACUAGAUAGGCCAUGA